UUCACACAAACACUCUUCUCAUUCUCACUUGCUAAUUCGCACAAUACAACCACAACAUUUUUUUCUCCUUUGACUCAAUUUCCAAGCCAUGUUCAGGAAUUUGUUUCUCUCCCACAAUCUUGUUUUAGGUAUCAUCAAUACCCCUAAAUUUCACCCUUUUAUCCAACACUUUUCCUUCCCAUUUGUACCCUCCACAUUCUGCACAACAACAUCAAAAUCAGAAUCAGAAUCAGACGCACACUCAUUUGCUGUAUCCUAUCUCAUCAACAAUUUUGGUUUCUCAACUCAAUCAGCUCUCAAAGCUUUCAACCAAAAACAGGUUCGUUUCAAAUCUCCAGAUAAACCUAAUUCAGUUAUCAACUUCUUUAAAAACCAUGAUUUUUCAGACUCCAAGAUACGCAUCAUCAUUAGAAAAUCACCGAGGUUACUUUCAGCAGAACCCCAUAAAAACUUAUUGCCAAAGUUUCAAUUUUUUCUAUCCAAAGGUGUUUCUUCAUCUGAUAUUGUUUCAAUGUUGACAGCAAACCCUGAAAUUUUACAAUUUAGUUUGGAGAAACGAAUAAUCCCUCGUUUUGAAUCAUUAAGUAGGUUCUUGAAAACCGACAAGGAUGCCAUCGUUUGCUUAAUUCGACAAUGGUAUUCAUUUGAUCCAAUUUCAUAUGACCACGCUGUGGCUAAUAUCAAUUUGAUGACUGAUUUUGGAGUUUGUGAUUCUGCCAUUGCUACAUUGGUUCAAACAAGGUCAUCUAUAUUUGGUUCAACUGAUUUUAUUAAGACAUUGGAGGAAAUUAAGGGUUUAGGGUUUCGUCCUUCAACGACUACUUUUGGGAUUGCUUUGUCAGCCAAAGGUUUGGGUGUAAAACUUUGGGAUGAGAAAGUUAAUGCCUUUAAGAAGUGGGGUUGGUCUGAUGAAGAUGUUCUUAAAGCAUUUAGACAGAAGCCUCAAUGUAUGUUAGUAUCCGUUGAUAAAAUUAAUUUAGUGAUGAGCUUUUGGGUCAAUCAGUUGGGUUGGGAUGCUAUGGCCAUUGCCAAAACACCGCAUAUUUUGUCGUUAGGUUUGGAAAAAAAGAUCAUUCCGAGAGCCGCAGUUGUGCAAUAUCUUCUUAGUAAAGGUUUGAGAAAGAAGAGUGCAAGCUUAACUUGUCCAUUUAUAAUUCAAGAGAAGAUGUUUCUUGAUAAGUUUAUAAAACGUUUCAAGGACAAUUCCGAUUAUAUAUUAAGGUUGUAUGAGGAAAAAAAACUCAAUCAUACAUAGACCAAGGAGAAAACAUGCAGCCAUGAUUUGAUUUGAUUUGAUUUUUGAGGUAUUUUAGACUUAAUAUGUUAUUCCAUAUUCACUUUGAAAUUUGUUUGUAUAGACUGUGAUUGGAGCUAGUUUAGCUUUGCUUACUUUGA